UCCCGAAUCUCCGCCAUUGCGCAGUUAGAUCAGGUGGUGGUAACUUGGCCAUGGCCCUCCAGUUCUCAUGACCUUUGUUUCCUGAACCUGCAGAAGAUUAUUUAUCUCAAUGGCUGGUAUCGAAAGUGAUUGAUUUGAUGGUCCUUGUUGCUGUAGAAACCCUUUAAAACAUCUGCAGAAUAUGAGAAAUGAGAGGGAAUUAAAGAAAAAUUCCACAGUUUAAUUUGUACUAUUUUCCAGGUACUAUCUUAUUGCUAGAAUGAAACUCAUACGUUGGGUGGAAGUUCACAUUGGCCGGUCAAGAAGGAAAUCAAAGAAAGAAAAAGAUGGGGUUGACAUUUCUCGCAGAAACGAUGAAAGUACUCCAAGCACACCCUUACACAAGAUCGAACCCAUUGGAAAAGAUUUACCACGGUCCGCAGGGAGCACUCCACAUAGGGUGAAACAUCCACCUUCACCACAUCCUAUGCUAAGAGCACCAGAGACGCCAAAUAUAGAGAACCGAUUACACAUUCGAACAAGCUUUCUUGACACUGGUCUGAUUCCUCUUUCUGCUCCCCAGCAAGUCGGGUUUGGAUCAUCUACAGCCCUAGAUUCUCCAAGAGUGCGAUGUCGGAUUCGCACUAAUCCAUGGCUUCCAUCACCCAAAAACUCAGACUGCGCUACAUGGACGAAUGGUAUUCGGUCCUCCUCCAUUGGAUCUGAAAGUUCGGAAUCAAUCCCUGGAAGUGGAUUUGGAAGCCAGUCUAGUGGUAGCCUUUGGGAAGGCCAUUCAGGUGAUUCAUGGACAGGAUUCCGCGCAAAUGGUCGCAGCCCAUCUUGCAACAGAUUGCCAAGAGUCACUCUUGAGCGCACUGGACAUCGUCAACGACCUGCUGCCGAAACGAAUCGUUUGUGUUUCCAGGAUGAAGAUGACGAAGAUACACCUUAUUGUCCGGUCUCAUACUGCCGUCCGAUUCCUCGAAGCGCCUGGAUGAAUUUCCGGGAACUGAGCACAAACAUCCUUUCUACUACAAGAGAUGACGGUGAAAGUAGUGAUGAAGCAUAUUCAGAAGAUUAUGUUCAUGUGGAAGAGCAAGACGAAAUAUCUCUGGAUGGAGUAUCUAAGAGCCCACCCCCAGAUACAGGAAGUCCUCAAGCGGACAGCGCUUGUGGAAGUGAUAGAGACAACAGCAGCUGCAGUACAACGCCCCUAUCAGAGACUCCAGCAUCUACAUCAGCACCGAGGAAAUCCAUCAUUGAGUCAAAAGAGCUGCUUCAAGAUAAAGUUCAACGACUGCGUAUAGAACGUCAUUUAGUUGAUCAGAGGAUGCAAGAAGCUCGAGCAGAAGAAAUCAUUCGUAGAGAAGAACAGCUCAUAUUACAGAGAGAGCUUGUCCAGUUCAGGAGACUGCUGCUACUUCAAACAUUAUCUGAGCUACGAAGUCAAUUGGAGAGGAAAAGUAAACGAGUGCACAAUAAUUUUGAAAAGAAUUUGGAAGAAAUAGCAUCUCUUUGUUCUGAAGAGGAAGAUGAGCUUUGGCGUCAAGUUCAUUCUGAACUUGUCGGGUAGCAACAUUCAAAUUGAUGUCCUACUUAUUCAUGUUAGAACAAAAUUUUCAAAUUUUACUUUCAGUUAAAUUAUGUCUUCUUAAACAUUUAUAAAGAAAAUCAGAUUCUAAAGGCACUUUUCGGGGAAAAAAGUGCAUAUGUCUAUUAAAAAAUCCCUACUGAAAAUUAUAAAUAUUCCAUAAUGUAACUAUGAUAAUUUCGCUGUUUAUUGAAGUUCAAAACUUUAAUUUAAAUGUUAAUAGUAAACUGAGCGAUUAGACAUUUUUAUAUUUUAACAUCCCAUUUGUUAUUUAAAAUUACGUGACUUGUCGAAGAAACACUGUGCUUAACUUAAAGCAAACUAAGAAUGAAUAGCUACAAAUAAAGAAUACAUAAUAAUUUAUAACUAAAAAAUGAAAAGAAUUAGGGUUUGACAUUAAAAUUUUGUAAUAUUUCCCAUGUUUCUCGUUGCUAUUAUCUAUAAAAUAUUUCUGGAAAAUGUUCCACUAUAUGCUCAUAAUCAGAGUGUUAGUGUGUAUAACAUAUAAACAAAUGUUUUUCUGAAAAUUAAGAGCCUUUUUUAAAUGUUAUUUAUUAAAUGAAAAUUUUGAACUGAUGACACUUAAUGAUCAAACUCUUUGUCCCCUGAGAACUUUAUUUUAUUUUAAACAGACCAGAUUUUGCACAUUUAUCAUUCAUUUUCAAUAUUAUAAGACAGCGUCUCAGGAAAUGCAUUAAACUAUGCAACUUUAGAUCUGCUUACCUGCUGUAUAAAUUUCUUAAACUAACAUCGAUCUAUGCCUUUCUUCUGAAAAGUAUUUUCUGGCAAAAAAUCCAGAUUUGCAUUAAUUUCUCUUAUCUAACUUCUAAUAUAAGUUGAUUAAAUUAAAUUAAAGCUUUUAACAUCAAACGUAAGUAUUAGUUUUAGAGCUGUUUUUUAUACUAAAAUAGUGGUAAAUUAAAAUCAAUUUUAUGCACCAUUACUAAUCGCGCAAAUGGAAGGAGAAAUAAAUCCAUAAACAAGAGAAACAAUGCUUUACAGCAUAUAAGUAAAGAACACAAAUAAAUCAAAUUUAAGGGGGAAACUAUUCUGAUUCUUUAAGAAAAACGUUCUCACAAACUUCAAAUCAAAUACUUUUUAAUCACGUUUCGUCCGCAGCGUUUCUCAUUAUUCGUUCGUUAGAAAAACGUUCUCACAAACUUCAAAUCAAAUACUUUUUAAUCACGUUUCGUCCGCAGCGUUUCUCAUUAUUCAGGUACUUCAUCACUACUAAGUAUAUUCCUAAACAAUUGAGCAACCAUAUAUCAGUGUACUGAUUCUUCCAAAUCUCUUUUGCUAACAAUAGAACAAUAAAAAUAAAAUUAAUAAGAGCUUUAUAUUAUUAUCAGGGCUUAAAAUAAAACAUUUAUUUCUAAUUUCGUUUAUCUACAUUUAAGGAAUUGACAUGCAUGUAUUUGAUAAUGUAUCAAGAUUUUCCUAUUGCAGUUCUCAGGCAGUGUUUUCGCAACUAGCUAAUAAAUACCAGUGUUUUGACACUAAAGUCUUGUUUUCUGAACAAACUUAGCAUUUCUGAACAUGAGUUGGACAUUUGGAUAAAUUUUAAAUAUCAGUUUAGGCAAAAUUUUUACUCAAUCUGCGGAAAUGGCUUUAAAAGUUUAUUAUUCUUUUGGUUAUGUGCACAUACAUCUAAUAUAUCAUUGUGUUUCUGUGGAUGCACAUGUAAUAGUUAAUGCUUAACUUAUUCAGACUAUAGUGUUUCCGGGACAAAACUCGUAUUAAAUGUCUAUUUUAAAUUAGCACAUUGUUUAUUAGUUUCUGGGCUUAUGUAAAUGUGUUGUCUAUUGUUACAGAGCUUUUCUUAGUUAUUUCGACUGUAUUGUUACAAGGUUUACUAAUUUUCGUAGUUCUUCCAGUGCUAAAUCAGACUGAUUUUCAAUGAGAAUACAUAUGAAGGAUAACUACAAGCAAUAAAAAAACUGUGAACUGAUUAAAAUUCUUUUAAAAUCAAGCGAAAGUAAAUUAAAUUUUUUAAACCUGUUUUUUCACAUUUGAUGUUAUUAAGAGGAAAAUGCUAAAUCUAAGAGUUAAAUAAAGUGCUAAAUCUAAAAAUAUAAAUAAAGUGCUAAAUCUGGUUUUUACCAAUAAUUUUUUUAUGCUGCAAAAGCUAUGUUUUCUACAGUGUUAUUUAUGUUGUUUUAAGUCAUUAUUAAUAAUCCUUACUCCAAAAUCAGUAAUUCAACACGCACAAGUUGGAUCUUUCUACUAAAAUAGGACCUUUUUUUCCCUUUUCCAACGUGCAAAGGUAAAGUAGCUUAAUAACACCACUUUUUAAUUGGCAAUUAUUUUUUUCUCGAUAAAAAGAAAUUUUUUAAUAAGGCAAUCUUCUAAAUUUUAUGGUUUCUGCCGACAUGAAUUAAUUACAUCUAACUUUCUUCCUGCGCGGUUUUUCGAAGCAAUUUUUAAAGUCUCCAGCUUAAGAAAGUUUUUCAAUUAAUUGCCAGUGAUGACUUAAAAUUUUAUAACCAGACGUCUAUUCCUUUUAUUAAGAAAUUAAGAUUAAUAACUUCUUAUAUUUUUAAUUAUUUCUGCACUUUAAUCACAUCUUAGUAGCCUGUUGCAUUAUCAAUUAUGAUUUGAUCGUGAUUCAUACGUUGUUCGUACACAUUUGUUUAUGUUUUUUUUUCCCGGUUUUUUGAAGCUAUGGGAUUUAUUUUGUAUGUCAUUAUCCAAAUAACGCACUUUUUUUCUUAAGAAAAAGCAGGUCUACCUCAUAAAAAUAGUGUAGGAAGCAUAAGUUUAAAAUUCUGUGCUUUUAAAUAAAAUUCAUAAAUUUCGAUAUGCGAAUGAUGCAUUUUUGCAGGAUGAUGCAAAAAAACAUACUUAAGUGCGAGCGCCGUUAAUCGCUAACAUCUUUUACAGGUAUUUACUUUCAAAACGUAGAUUCAAAAACAGAUUUUUAAAUCACAAUAUUUAUUAAAACGCUGCAACCUAGGGUUAACGACCACAUUGCGAUAAAGUUUUUGAAAGCAAACAGCUAAUCAAAGCAACUUUAUGUUAAAUAGUUUUUAUGGUCAUGUAAUUUAAACUUGUGCAUAUAAAUAUAAUGGGAAAAGGAAUAUAACAACAAUAUUUGAAAGAUUGUAAGUAAGAAAAUUUGCAUUUUUUUCAUACACCUAGAAAAAUUAAAUUCUUAUGAUAUAAUCAAGACUCAAAAGUACCUCUGUCUUGGAAGAAAGUUAAAAUGUGGCGUAUUAAGAGGAGUUAAGAAACUGAAACUGGACUUUUAAGUAUUUUCUCGUUCAAUUCAAAAUUUAUUCCAGAGAAAGAAGGAAAGAAUUGAUUUAUUAAGAUAUCAUUUUUACUUUAUUUCAAAAUAUAGUCUUUUCUGUCCGAAAAUUCACUCGUUGCUGGUUUUUACUUAUUUAAGUCAUCAAAUAAAUGAUUCAUUAAAAAUUCAAUUAAAAAUCUUCUCUUCUUUCUAUCUUGCACGGAGUUUUAAAGAUUUGUCUUUAGCAUUAAGAUAAGUUUUAAUUUUUAAAUUCCUUUUUGAUGUUUAAUAAGAAACGGAAAUAUCUGUGAAAUUAUAUAAAGCAUUAAAAGCUUAAAAUGUGUAAAUGAAUUAAAUUGUCCGAACCACAUUAAAAAUCCAGACAAGGAGGAAAAAAAUUCAAAAUCCUUCUAACAGUUUAUGUAUUUAUAAUACCAGGCUUAUUUUUGGUUAUAAAAGCAUCUGAUUUGUAAGAUUUUGGUUAAGACAUAGAAAAAUAGGACGAUUUGGAAGCCCCACGCUAUAGAAUUCCAAGAAGAUGAAACACAUUUAGAAAAGUAACUACAUUUCAUUUUUAAAAAUAGUUGCGUAACCUUUCCUUCCUAAAAUAUGCCGUACAAUUUUAAGAAGUUGAAUAGUAUGCUGUGGAAAAGAAAAGAGUAAUUGAAUUCAGGGAUAUAUCAUUGUCUUGCGUAUUUUGUACAUAUUUGUCGAACGAAUAAAGUUUGAAAUUUUCUUUUUUAUUAAGGGUUUUGCUGUAACAGAAAUUAAUAAUAAAGUACAAGCUCAAGGUAACAUAGUAAAUGACGUUUCUCUUUGAUUGCCGAUGGGAAGAUCGGAGUUAGCUAAAUAGCUAAGUAAUUAAGACAUUUUGAGAUUCUGAAAACGUAACGUGAUACGCUAAGUGACAAAUUAUCCGGAUAAUGAUUUAUAGAGGUUUAACUAUUUUAUCAUGAGGUGGGAUAAAGUAGCAAAAAAAUUUAAAUAAAUACAAUUUCUAUGUAAUAUACAGACAAAUGAGCGCAUUAAACUGCACACACUUCAACGUCUUCAGGUAACUACUAUAGAAAUAUUUAAUUAUUGACUAUGUACUCAUAAUAGCUUCUGCAUGCACAAUAAUGUGUACAAUUUCACCAUAACUGCUUUUAAAUUUCAUUGUAUAAGUAAACUACCUACAUGAAGUUACUCACUCUGCCGUGCAUUAAAAAUAUAUCCGCGAAGAUGCAGACAAAUUACUCAUAUCUGAAAUAAAAUUUUCUUCUUUGCAAAUGAAUUUUUUUUUAUAAAACGAAUUCACAUAUUAGCUUAGAAAAUUAUUCUAAAUAAAUUCAUAGUAAAUAAAAACAAAAAUUAUUUUCAUUAAAAUCAAAACGCAGUAUCUUGAUUUACAAGUUAACAUUUGUUAUGAUAAAACAUGCAGAAUAUUUCCCCAGCAAAACAAGAUUUUGAAGAAUGUUCAGUCUGUAUGUAUAAUCUGAAACUUAUUAAUUUUAAAGUUGCAAAAAUCUUUCUAAAUCUUUCUUAAUUUUUCUUAAUCUUUUUCUUUCUUAAUCUCUUAAUCUUUCUUAGCUAUAAGAAUCUAACUCUGCAUAAUGCAACUUAACAUCAGUUUACUGCAAUUAGGAAAGAGAAAUUAAAGUAAUUUUUUUAUAUCUGUCCUUUUUAAUUUUCUUCCCUUCUUACGCUAACAAAGUCCAUCAGAUUUGCAUGCUCAUCAGCUACUUUAUUUAGCUUUAAGAUAUAUGUGCAGUUAAACUUUUAGAUGGAUAAAGUAACAUCAUCUUAUUUUCUCUUUGAAAAUAACUAUGAAGACUGAAGCAGAGUAUAAACUGUGCAAUAUAAACAACGUAAAGAGAAAAAAAAUAUUUGCAAUACUCUAAGGUGUUUAUUUGUUACAUCCGUGUUUCGGUUAAGCAAAAUAAUCAAAAUUUUCAAACUGUAGUCGUACUCAUCUAAACCGUUAAGCAUCACCGUACUUAAAAUUCAUUUUCUAGAUUAAUAGCAAAUAGAAACAAAAUUAUGUGACUGAAAAUAGCAUGCAUUUCAUUUACACAUUCAUCUAAUGCACAGUGUUUGUUCUUCAUGAUAUUUGCUUUUUUUUUCUUAUCUUACCUACUUUUCCUAAUCAUCUUUUCUGAAUUAUGUUUUACCUAAUGUACUGAGUUAAUUACUUACAAAAGGCAUUUGUCUUUUUUACAAAAAAUAUAAUAUAAAAUGAGAAUAACGAGCAUAACAUUCUGAAUAUAUAUUUCGAUAAUGCCAAGGUCUAGGUUUUAAAUUUGUAUUAGUCUCAUGGCAGAUGACUGCAGAUAUAUGAAAAGCACAUUUUUGUCUAAAAUAUAAUGCAUGAAAAUGGUUUACAUGACAUGUUUAUUCAAAGUAUAUUUUUAUGUUACUUGCUAGAAUAUUUCCAUUCUGAUGAUGCAGAACUACCGGGCUUCCUCACAAAAUGCUGACCGUAUAGCCUUUAUAAACUAUAACGUGGAGUCUAAUAUGAUAUGCAGAAAACUGAUAUAGAUUCGUCUGAAGAAAUGUUAAGGCACCACAGAAAAACUGAUUUUUUUACCAGUCGUUCUCAUAGAAAAACAGAUAAUAAAAAAGGGGAGAAUCUCAGCUUUAUUAUGGAUUUUUUAAUGAUGAAUUGUAAUCGUGAAUAGCUUGAAAUGAUGUUAGUAAUUAAAUUCGUCGUAUUAGUAGCAUAUCUUAUGUUUAGGAUAAAUCUUUGUAUAUUUAUUAUAACUAAAAUUUUUAGUAGAAUUAUUGUGCUAGUGAAACUGUUGGAAACUUUCAAAUAUAACAAGCGAGCUUAACCAUGGUUGUCGUAAAAGCGAAGGAGACUCUAAAAUUUCAAAUAUUUUAAGAUUCUUUAUAAGCAAAUAUGCUGUGUAAUAAAGGAAAACUUCAAAUACUAUUUAAUUUCAAUUACUUUCACAUGAAAACUAAAAUCUGUAAAACUAUUAUCAUGAAAGCAUGCUUGAAGUUCUAACUUCUUAGUCAGCAAUUACAUCCACUGUUUUCAGUGUUAUGUGUAAAUCUUUUACGCAAGGCUUUUGGGUAAUUAGUACAUGAAAACCACAUUUGAUACUCCGUAAUACAAAAAGCUUUAAAAAUAUAGCAUUUAUGCAUUCCCUCCAUCUUCUUUAUUAUCUUGCAAAGUUAAGCGAUAUUCAGUUCUUACGUUAACUUGGUGAAAAGAUGAUUGAAAAACCUUUAAAUGAUACUUGGGUACCCCGUACUUUGAAUAUUUGUCAUUCUAACAUCAGCAGCUAUCUUUUACCAUAUAUCUUAUAUGAUAAAUUACUAUACUCGAAAUUAAGUUUCCUUCGCUGUAACGUGCCAGAAAGGAGUUGCUCACGAACUGAAAAUUUUCAGAAACCUUUAGCUAUUUGUUGGUAAAUAAAUAUUAAUUUAUCCCGUAUUUUUCACUUGAGGUUCUUAGAAUCAUAGCUUUCUAUCAUGUAUGUAGAAGUAUGAGACUAUAAAAAUGUAAGUAUAAUGUAGAAGAAUAUGAUAUAUUGUCAUUUGUUAUUUGUUCUUAUUGCUAGUUUAGAUACGUGCAGUAUUUGGUCUAGUUCCGUAUUUAGCCUUUUUAAAAGACAGAACAUUCUUUGUACUGCCUUUUACUCGUUUGGGAUAGAAAUCGUGUAUUUAUAUGUUACUCAUGGUGAUUAGUAGCAGAAAGAUAAGAGAAUGCAAGGGGAAACAACAGCCAUACUUUUUUAUAACUUCGGAAAGUGAAGAAUCUAGCAGGUUUAAAAAAUAAUUGCAAGUAAUAGAGCUGUUUAUUAAAUAUAUUAAGUUCGCAGUUUCCUGGAUAUUUUUUCCUCGUGCCUUUACUGGCUAAAGCUAGAAAAGACAUUUUUGUAUUACGAAUUUCAAUAAUUGAAAGUUCAAAUUCAAGGACGCUGAGGCAAUUCGAUCGCAUUCGUUCAAAAAAUGCUUUAGAAAUAUUAUAAAGUUUAUUUAUCAGUAAUGAUAUCAGUACUUUCAGUUAUUUUACCGAUUUUCACAACUGUAGGCACUAAUUUCCUUUUUUACAUUUAAGCAAUAAUUUAAAUCUCUGACUGCAUUUACACAACCGUAAUCUGCUAGCGAGUUCUAUGCUAAUCCCCUUCAGCAAAGCAAUUGGUACUAUUAUUUUACUUAAAAUGAAAUAUGAAUAUCUAAUUUUUGGAAACAAUACAUUAGCAAAAGACUCGCUUUUUCAAGAAGUUUCGAGAGCACGGAGUGCAAAGUAAAACCGAAGUCUUAAGUUCAGGCUGCGUAAGACAGUGAAUUGGUUCAAAUUUGCUCUCAUUAUGGAAACAUCCCAAUUUAAUACAAUUUUCUACCUGUUUCCUCUGCGCUAUUUUUCUGUUGCAAAUUCUCGUCUUUCCCAAAAUAUUACAAAAUAACAUAUUUGUGUUUCUGUUUAAUGUGAUUUACAACGUUUAACUGUUGAUCGUUUCGGGCAACCCGAACAAGGUGACUUCUUUAUGCAUUCCAUAUUGUUGCUGAUGUGUUUUAUGUCGAAUUCUGUGAUUUUGAAAAUGUUAUGAUGUUUUGUGCAAAUUGUUACAAUGCUUCGUGCAGAUUGUAAAAUAGCUUUGGUCUUUCAUGUGCUAGAUAUUAUUGUUUCAGUCUUCUACGUAAAGAAAAACGUUAAACUUUUGUUCGUGUAAUAAACGUAGCAAAUUAAAAAAAAAUUGUUAACCAUUUGGUAAGAAUUCAUUCAUUAAAGUUACACGUUGGAAAAAAAUUGAAAGAUGGCUCAAAUGCAUCAUGUUAUGUAAGGGAUAGUGCAUUAUUAUUGAUAAGCUCAAAGCGUAAAAUUUUAUGAAUUAUUCUUCCCUUUGUCUACUUUGCAGGUUCGUUUCAAGCCACUUAGCUCUGAAUACGUCUCUUCCUUCAAGGGAAAUGAACUCUUUUUAAUAUUGCAUGAUAUCAUGCAGCUGACAUUUUUUUAUUAUCUUAUUCAUAUUUUUCACAAAGUUAAGAAACAUUUUUGAAAUGCGAGUACAAAGUAAAACAGAUAGCAGUUAUUAAGCACUGCUGACUUUAAAACAAAUAUUUUUAUGCUAUUUUUUAAAUGUUAACUGUAUGUGCAUUGCAAUGUUAUAUAAUAAAGAAUUUUCAAAUUCUCUAACUUUUUAUCAAUUGAGUUUCAUCAUAAAUAUAACAUGUAGAUAAUUCAUCUGUGUUUAAGCUCAUUAUUCACCAAUUAAUGUUUAAAAUGUUACUUCACUCAAAUGAUUUGUAUUCUUUCUUGUGUUUCAGAUAUCAUAAAACUACUGUUAAGCUUUCCUUAGUUCGUUUUCAUUCAAACUUACGACGUGUUUUAAUGUUUAAUGAAGAGUUUUGUAUGACUCAUUUAUGAAUCGAAUAUUAUUAAUAAACAGUUUUGAAAGCCCACUCUGAGGGUAUUAA